GGGGGCGUACGUUGUUGUUCACUUCCGGCUGACAAGUGAGAGCAAAGAUGGCCGCGGUUACCAGAUGUUCGUUCACAUUGGUUCGCCGUUUGCUCUCUCUCCAGUACAAACGUUGCUGCUCCAGAUUUCAAAUAACCACACCAGACUCCACUCCUUCCUACUCCUUACCAAUGCACCAUGCCUUUAUCCCAAAACGAUGCAGUGCACGGGGGUUUCACACCAACUUUGCUGCAGGAGGACCAAUUCUUCAAUUCAAACUCUCUGAUAUUGGGGAAGGCAUCAUGGAGGUGACGGUGAAGGAAUGGUAUGUAAAGGAAGGAGACAAGGUGUCACAAUUUGACAGCAUCUGUGAGGUACAGAGUGACAAGGCCUCUGUCACCAUAACGAGCCGCUAUGAUGGAGUGAUCCGCAAGCUUUACUAUGAGGUGGAUUCUACAGCUUUAGUUGGCACACCCCUAGUUGAUAUUGAGACGGAGUCAGGUCCAGAGGUGGCCCAAGAAGAAGAUGUUGUAGAGACACCAGCAAUGUCACACGAUGAGCACACACACCAGGAAAUCAAGGGGCAUAAGACUCAAGCUACACCUGCAGUACGGCGGUUAGCCAUGGAGAACAAUAUCAAGCUGAGUGAAGUGGUUGGAACUGGAAAAGAUGGACGCAUUCUUAAAGAGGAUAUCCUCAACUUCCUGGCUAAGCAGACAGGGGCCAUCUUACCCCCCACUCCAUUCCUUGAAAUCCAGACCUCUGCAGCCAUACCCUCUGCCACCAAACCUAUGGAUAAGGUGGCACCACGGAGUGCUCCUAGCCAUGUCAUGCCCAAACCUGUCGUCAAUGGGAAAGAUGUCACAGAGCCCUUAAAGGGGUUCCAUAAAGCAAUGGUGAGGACCAUGACUUCAGCCUUAAAGAUACCACACUUUGGAUAUUGUGAUGAGGUGGACCUUACACGGCUAGUAGAGCUGCGAGCAGAGCUGAAGAGUUUGUCUGAGUCCCGAGGGGUCAAGCUCAGCUACAUGCCCUUCUUUAUCAAGGCAGCCUCACUUGGCCUGUUGCAUUUCCCAAUUCUCAAUGCCUCGGUAGAUGAAUUCUGCCAGAAUAUCACCUACAAGGCAGCCCACAACAUUGGCUUAGCAAUGGAUACAAACCAGGGUCUGCUGGUUCCAAACGUGAAGAAUGUACAAGUGCUAAGUGUGUUUGACAUUGCUGUAGAGCUCAAUCGACUACAGACACUCGGUGCAAAUGGGCAGCUGGGAACCGCUGACCUCAUGGGGGGCACUUUCAGUCUCUCCAACAUUGGCUCAAUUGGAGGCACAUAUGCAAAGCCUGUGAUUCUGCCCCCAGAGGUGGCCAUUGGUGCACUGGGAAAGAUUCAGAUCCUUCCAAGGUUCAACUCAGCAGGUGAUGUAGCAAAAGCCCACAUCAUGAAUGUCAGUUGGUCAGCGGACCACCGGAUCAUUGACGGGGCUACCAUGAGUCGCUUCUCUAACCUAUGGAGGUCUUACUUGGAGAACCCUUCCACCAUGGUCCUUGAUUUGAAAUAAACAAACCUCACUACCACGCGUAGUCAUGCAAAAACAGUCACCAUGUAUGAUUGACUGUCUUGUUUUGUAUCAUCAGCUAAGUUGUAUGUGUUUCUUUACCGCUGUUACCCAUAUUUCCCUUCAUUAUACAGUAUCAUUAAUGGCGAUACAUAACUUGGACCCAGGUCAUAUUUCAGAAUUUAUAAUAAAUCAAGAGCACACACAGAUGAUUAAGUCCAUCUGUUAUUGAAGCAAUGGCUCAAUCCUGAGGACCUAAAUGCUGGGAGACAAAUGUUAGUAUCAUAUUUCUAAGGAGAAUCCAAGAAGCAAAUAUGUGUGCGUUUGUGAUGUGGAAUUGCUCAUUGGGUAUUGAGAUGAGUUAUCAACUAAAAUUUAUGGUCAAAGAGCACUCAGUUUAAGGCUAGUUUGGUGUAAGUGCUGUUCCUAGAAUGUUCUGUUUUCUUGAAAAUUAACACUGUUUUGAUAGAACUAUAAAGGUAUGAAUUGAAAAAAAUGUAGGUCCAUUUU